UCAGUCAAACUACUUUCAACAAGUUUGUCUGAUCUGUUUCCUACUGGGAGUUAAAUGUUUUGGAUUUGGCUGAAUUCUGAAAGGCCGAUGAUCUGAUUCGGCGGAGUGGAUGUAGCCCCCUGGAUGUCAGGGACAGACCGUUGGAGCCAUGGCUGCAGCUGGGGAGAGCCAGCUCCAGAGGAUCAUCAGAGAUCUGUACGAGGCUGUGGAAGAACUUUCAGAAGAAUACAAGGAGAGCGAGGAACCAAUCACAGAUGACAGCACCAACCUGCACAAAUUCUCCUACAGACUGGAAUACCUGCUUCAGUUUGAUCUGAAGGUAAAAACCACAUUUCUGGGUACAAAGAAGGACUACUGGGAUUAUUUCAAUGACUGUCUGGCCAAAGUCAAAGGAGCCAAUGACGGAAUCCGAUUUGUCAGAUCCAUCAGCGAGCUGAAAACAUCGCUGGGGAAAGGCCGGGCGUUCAUUCGCUACUCCCUCGUGCAUCAGCGAUUGGCCGACACGCUGCAGCAGUGCCUGCUAAACCAGAGAGUCACCAGCGACUGGUACAACGCAAAGAGUCCCUUCAUGAAGCCUGACCUCAGCGCCGACAUAAUCAGCCACCUGUAUGACCUCAACCAGGUUCUGUUUGAUGUUGCACCCAGAGGUCAUGACCUGGAUGCAUCCUGGCCAACAUUUGCAAGGAGGACGCUGGGAAGUUUAAAUUCCCCUGGCCACACGUGGAAACCCCCCAGUCGCAGUUCGAGCAUCAACAGCCUUGCCAGUACCUACUCACAGCAAGCAUCAGAGUUUCCCUCCAGCCUCGACCACGGACAAAGUCUGUUGAAUGACCUGAAUGAGUCGCUGCCCGCCUGCAUGGAGGAUGUCGGCACUGUCGACAGCCUUCGCCUGGAGCUGGACCAGUCGGAACUCAAGCAGCGAGAGCUGAUGGAGAAGGUGCAGCAGCUUGGCGAGGAAGAUGCUGAGCUCAGGGGUGUCAUCGAGGAGCUUCAAAGGCAACUUGAUGUGUCGCUUUCAGCCCAAGAGGAGUAUCAGGAAAAGCUCAAGGCCAUGAAGGAGGCAAAUGAAGGUCUGUCUCGAGAAGUACAGGAACUGAAGACUCAGGGAAAAGCCUCGGAAGCUCAGAGUGUCCUUCUUCAGGAGAAGCUGACAGCUGCAGAAGGGAAAAGCGUAGAGCUCAUGGCCAAGUUAGACGGGAUUCUGAAUGACAAGGGUUUGCAGGCGGCCAUUCACUUCGACUCGGCGCAGAAGAUCCAUGAGUUGUUGGACAGACUAAAAGAAACAGAGAAAGGGAAGAUGGAGGCCGUCUCUGAGUUGGAUGAGAAAAAAAUGCAGGGAAAAAAGCUGGAAGAGGACCUCAGAGUCAAAGAUGAACUGGCAAAGGAGGCUGAGGCAAAACUCGAAGCAUUUGCUAAAGAGAACGCCCAAUUUGAGAAAAAAAUGGAGGAACUAUGCAAUCACCUCGAAAAGCUCCAGAGGGAACUGACCGUGAAAGAAAACGAGGCAGGAAACAUGCAGAGGCAGCUGCAGGAUCUCCAGACUUCUCUGGAAGACAGAGAGGAUAAGUUGGAAGAAGUGAAGAAGAAGGCACGAGAAGAAAUGGAAGUCGCGCAGAAAAACUUUGGGGAAAUUGCUGCACUUAGAGAACAGCUUAAGAAGAAAGACGCAGACCUUAGCUCCAGCAGCGAGACACUACAACAUCUACAAACCAGCCACCUGAACUUAACCGCCGACAGGGAGAAACUGAUCGCCACACUUGCUGAGUACAAAGAAAAGAUCCAAGAAGAAACCUCAAACAAGGAAAAAUUCAAGAUGGAGUGUGACAGUCUGGUAGAAUCACAGGAAAGGCUGCUGACCAAAGUGAGUCAGAGCGAGGAGCUGCAGAAGGAAAUGACCGCAAACAUGCGAGCGCUACAGGCUGAACUUGCAGCUCUGAGGGCUUCUGAGAAACAGCUCAGGGGUCAACUAGAAGAUACCAAGAUGACCGUGGAUGAAAAGGAGCAGCGGCUGUGUGAAGACAACCGCGCGCUGGAUGAGAGUCUGCAGCGAGCGGAAAUGACAGCGAAGCUGUCAGACGCAACAGUAAAGCGUCUGGAGCAGGAAAAUCAGAGCCUGCGAGAGGAGAAAGACGCCAUCCAAGCGGCUCUCGCGCGUCUGCAGGCAGACCUUCAGGAUGUUAGGAAGAACAGCAAAGAGUUGGAGGAGACUUUAGGAGCAUCUCAAGCCAAACUUCAGGAACAGCUUCAAGCCACACAGGCUCAAUUAGAAAGUAAAGAGAAGGACUUGGUGAAGAUGCAGUCCACGUUAGAAGAAUUACAGAGGAAGGAGAAGGAGCUUCAGAUUGCAAAAACCAGUGCAGAGGCAACAUGUGCAAAACAGACUGAGAUGAUUGAAAGAAUCACAUCGGAAAAUCGGGAGUUGGAGAAAUCGCAGCUGGAAAGGGAUUCUGCUCAUGCCAAGGAUAAACAAACAGUCAGUGGUAAGCUAAACGUGGUAGAAAGGCAGCUGGAGGUCAGCAUGGCCGAGGUCUCUAGACUCCAGGCAGAGGUCCUGGAGCUCAGGGUGCAAGUCCAGAGAUCGGAAGAGGAAAAGUUGAAAUUCCAAGCCCAGCUGGAGGUGACAGAGGCCCAGAGAGACGAGCUCAGGUCUCUGACCGAGCAGCUCAAAUCCCAAACUGAAGCAGUGAACCAGCAGCACGUCGCUGAGCUCAUGGAGUUAAAGAAGACAGAAAAGGAGCUUAUAGAGCAGCGCGAUCGAGAAGUAGCUGCUCGCGCCGAGUUGACCAUGUCUACCGCUGUCCUUCGAGAACAGCUCUCCACGCUGAAAGCGGAAAACCACAGACUGGCAGUGGAGAACAGCGAGACCCGCGAGAGUCUUCACAGAGCAAACACUGAGAUGGCAGAGCUGGGGAUGAGCGUCUGUAAGCUAAACGCAGAGAAGGAGGAGGUCAGAGGGCAAUGGGCCAGCAAGGCUGCUGCGACUGAGGAGCUGGAGAAGGAGGUGGAGGAACUGAGGAGGUGCACGGAGGAACUGCAGCUGGAGAAUACAACUUUAAUAGAAGAGCUAGCGAAGAAGGAAAUGCUUCCAGGCACCGUCGCGGAGCUACAGGAACGACUGGAAAAGACCAGAAACCAAGUACAAAACAUCAAAGAAAGUUCUCAGGAAGAGGUGGCGGCUGUCCGGUUCCAAAUGAGCUCGGAGAACAUGAGCUAUCAGGUCCAGAUAAAGAGUGUGAGUGAGCAGUUGGAGAAAACGAAAGCUCGGCUGCAGGAGGAGCUGAGCUGCGGGUCGAGUCUGCGUUCCAAAGUGUCCCAGCUUGAGGGCGUAAAUGAAGAAUACUUGCAGCUUCUUGGUGAGAAAGACGCCCACAUCACAAAGACAGAAGCGUCUUUGCGGGAGAACGUCAGCGAGAUUGUGCAGCUGAGACGUGCGGUAACCAGCGCUGAAGAGGCUCACUUUGCUGCGAGAGACAUGUGCGAGGAACUGAAGCAGAGACUGAAGACAGCGGAAGCUGAGAAGAUGAGCCAGCACCGAAAGAUGACGGCGGAGAUCGAUGACCUGAGCAGAACCAAGACCAUUCUAGAGGAGCGGCUGAUAGAGCUGAUAAAGGACAAAGACGCUCUGUGGCAGAAGUCGGACGCCUUGGAGUUUGAGCAGAGACUGCGAGCAGAGGAGCGCUGGUGGCUGGUGGAUAACGAGGCCACACACUGCCUCGGCUGUCAGGGUCAGUUCACCUGGUGGUUGCGGAGACAUCACUGCAGGCUUUGCGGUCGCAUCUUCUGCUACUACUGCAGCAACUACUACGUCACGCCCAAGCACAGCGGGAAGAAGGAGCGCUGCUGCAAAGACUGUUACACGCAAGGUGGUGCUGUGGUGGAGAAAUCCACUGAGGCGGAGCCGAGUCCCUCUGAUGAGGCGUCCUCUCCACCCGUAGCUGGACAUCAGCCUGUUCCAGAGUCAGCUCCAUGCAAACCUACGCCCAGUGUAACAGCUGCAGACUCCAGCGACAGAUCCGAUGACGGGCUGUUCGACAUCAUCACAGAGGAGGAGGUGAACGGCGUCUACGACAGCGACGCCGCCUCGCAGACCACAGGAGGUUCGGAGGGAGAGACAGAGCUGCGGCAUCAGGGAGCCCCGGGGAAAGAUGUGACCCCUGAUGAAGAGCACGCUCCCACCGUUCAGGACUCUGAGAUUAACCUUCUUAAAUCGGCAGAAGUCACGAUGACCGUCCCUCUGAAUACCGAAGACAUUUCUCAGUUUGGGGACGGUUCCAGGGAGCUUUUCAUCAAAUCCAGCUGUUACAGCGUCAUCACAGUUGCUGUGAGUGACUGCGGGUCGACCAUCAGCUGGAUGUUCUCCUCAGAGCCCAAGAGCAUCUGUUUCAGUGUGGUCUACCGGGAGUCCUGUGAGGCUCAGGUGGACCAGUCAAAGGUCCUCAUUCCUCUGACUCGCUGCAAUUCUCAUAAAGAAACCGUCCAGGGACAACUGAAAGUGCGGCACCCGGGCCUCUACACUCUCAUCUUCGACAACUCCUUCUCACGGUUCGUUGCCAAGAAAAUUUUUUAUCAUCUGAACAUGGAGAAGCCUGUGAUCUAUGAUGGGAGUGACGGUCCCUGAGUCCACCCCCCCUCCCUCCACCACCGCACUCAGAGGUCAACAUGUCCGUGUUGCAGCACAAGAGAGUCUGACAUCGCAACAAUCCAGAUUCCUCCUCUUGUUAGUGGACAUUUUUUUCUAUGUCUGAUACUCAGAAGGUCAAAGGAGUCUGUGUUUGGAUCUGCUAGAUUUGAAAUGUUUCCCAAGUAAACUUCUGUUUAAGAUUUUCCUUACAUUUACUAAUUAUUUCAGUAAAGUUUGCAAUUUAUUUUUUGUUCGAUUUCUGUGAUUAUAUUUGCUUUGACCUCCUUUUUUCCAUGUAUGCUGCAAAAACUGGCAUUGACAAUCACUGAACAAUACCAGUGUGCUUUUUAGAAAAAAAACAAUUUGUUAAACGUCGACUGUGUGAGAAUAUAAAGAUUUUAGGACAUUUCUGAAGUUGGUGGUUGGUUAAAAACACAAUCAGUGUUUUUUAAUUUGCCAUCCAAAGUAAAAAAAAAAAAAAGGGGGCAGAAAUGCAACUUUCAUAGGGCUUUUUUCUAAAACUGCAUUUAUGUUUUCUACAGUAGUAUUGUAGAAACACAAAUAUUAAUAUCUGUAUAAUGUGCAAACCUUUGUUUGCAGGGUGGCUUUUCUAAUUUUCCUGCAGUAUUAGUAAGUUCAACUACUCUGGGAAAGGAAAAUGGGUAGAAACCUGCCCAUUUGAGCCAUCUUUAUUACGGUUUAAGGCGUACACCAAGUUUAUAUUUGUCAUUAAAGCCAAGUUUUUGUCCUAAUUUACAACUGACUGUUCAGAUGAAGAGCUACACGACUUUCAAAGUGCCUGAAAAUGGCGCAGAUCUCGUUUUUUUCGUAUGUGGUUUUGUUUUACCCUAUGCAAUCUACAAGAAAUUACAACAUAAUUAUCAACAUGAUAUUUUGCACAAAAUCGCACAUUUGUUAUCAUUGAUGUUUCCUUUUUAUUUUUAAACUGAGUUUCACAAUUUCGAUUCUGCUUUCAGGGAUGAAAUGUGAUAUUUUUAUUCUAAGCUGACAAAUAAAAUAAAAUUUCCCUUUUUCAUACUAUAAAUUACCUGACAAGUACAUACCUGUGUCAUAUUUGGUACUACUCAUUUAUAUGUGUGGGAGUGAUGAUGCCUGCAGCAGCCACUGCAUGUUUUCAUGUAUGGCAGGAAGGAUUAAGAGACGAACUUUUCCAUCCUGUACAUCGAUGCCAAGUAUAAACUUUGUAAGUUCUGUGUGACAGAAAAUAGACAAUGUCUUCCUGUGCAUUCAUGCAUUUUCUGUUUUUUUGUUGUUUUGGAGCUUUUUUACUGGCUAUUAUCAGGCUGGAUGUUCAGCAGUCAAGAGCCAGAAAAAUGCACUCUCUAAUGUAUUGCUUACAUUUUAUUCUAAUAUGCAAAGUUUCUGUUUGCACUUCUGAAGUUUGAAUGGAAUUGUUGUUCGUUUUCAGGAAGUUUACCACAGAAUAUUUGAUAGCAAGAUAUUUAAAUGUUGAAACAGGGGUAUAGAAAAGAAACCAGUCCUGCUUUCCUAUUGUAAUAGUCGAAUUCACGACUCCUAGCACCAAAUUUCGUGUGUUUGGCGACGCAAUGUGGCUCCAAUGGGCAGAAUUUUAUGGUUCAAGUCAAUUAAGCCGCAGAGAUUGCGUGGAAGGAGGUUGGCCUUCAAAAUAAAGUGUUGUCGAGUCUUC